UGUAACAAUGGUUACAAUUCGGUUAACAAACAUUGUGAUUUUCCUUAUGUUGUAUAGUGCCAUGAAUAUAAAAGAAUGUUGCUCAAGUCCCUCACUGUUAAACUCGCCACUUGCACAAUUGAAUUUUAAUCAAGAAGAUGCUAAUGGUGUACGUUCCACUAAUAUGAACAUUAAUUUGGCAAUGGACUCUGUAAGCUCCCCAUUAAACUUGAAAAGUAUGAUACGUGAUGAGAUAAUAUCAGUACUAAGGGAUUUCAAUAAGGCUGCGAAUAGUUCAACAGUAGAAAAUUUAGAGGAAAGCCCUAUAGCAACACGUUCUUUAAAAGAUGAUUAUUUUGCUACUCAGUUGAAUGAUAUUUCUACAAAAUUUCACGACAUCCAAAACACGUUGAAAGAUAUUCAGGCCGAGAAUAAAAAAUCUAGUGCAUGUGUUGAACAAGAAAAUAUACAUUUAAGAGAAAAGAAUUACACUUUAGGUGUACACCAUGGCCAGUCAACCAAGACAUUACACAAUCAUACAUCUUAUCCCAAGAACUGCAAAGAUAUUCAAAGAAAUGGCAAUAAUGCAACGGGAAUAUAUGAAAUAUUCCCAAAACGCGCAGAAGCGCCCUUUCCAGUACUGUGCGAUAUGGAAACUAGAGAAGGAGGAUGGACUGUCAUCCAAAAAAGAUUUGACGGCUCACAGGACUUCUAUCUCGAAUGGCGGGAUUAUAAAUUCGGAUUUGGGAAUUUGGAAGGAGAAUUCUGGCUAGGACUGCAGAAUAUGCAUGUACUAACAGAUUUUGAACAAACGCAACUGCUCGUGGAAGUUGUAGAUAGAUCUGGGGUAUCUGCUUAUGCCCAUUACAAUUCUUUUGCAAUAGGACCUGAGCCUGAAGGAUACAAGUUGGAGCGUUUAUCAGGAUAUAGUGGAGACGCAGGGGACUCCUUGAUAUAUCAUCUUGGACAAAAAUUUAGUACGAAAGACUUAGAUUUUUCCAACGGUGCGGUUCCAAAGUUCUUUGGUGCAUGGUGGUACGCCUCCAGUUGUCAAAGCAAUCUCAAUGGAAAAUAUAUAAAUAUCGACCUACCUGAGAACUACAAGUACAAAGGUUUACAUUGGGAUUCAUACAAAGGUGCUCCUUACAGCCAUUCGAAGUCUAGAAUGUUAAUAAAACCCAGUAAUUAAACAACAUGUAUUUGCUUAACGACACCAGUAAUUACAAUCAACAUAAACCUUUUUUCAGAUAAUAAAAUUUUAAACUUUCCGACAAAGCUAGUAGUGUACAGUAAAUUUAAAUUUUAUGCUAGUUUAGAAAUUAUAAUGGUUACUACACUUUUGAAAAUUAAAUAAAGAUCAGUUUUAUAUAUUUCAAACAGAUAAUUUUUUAAGAGGGAAUAUGUUGUGGGAAGUAAAUUAAUUGCCUAGGGAAAUAAAAAAUUUUAAGGAAAGGAACAUGUGUAGGUACUUUUAAAAAUUAACUAUAUUUGACUAUUUUGU